CUGCAGACAGCCUUCCCACUGCUUGCUCCAUCAUGUGGCAUCUGAUCUUGUGGACACCACGUGCCCAGUGGUCACCCAAGCACUUAAAGCUGGUCACUGUCUACGUGCUGGUGCUCUUGGUUUCGCUCAGCUUUGCUUCAGGACAGAGCAGGCCAUCGAAACAUCAGAUAGACAACAGGAGUCCUGAGAUUGAUCCUUUCUGGUACGUGGGCCGUGGCGUCCGCCCCAUCGGGCGGUUUGGGAAGAGGCAGCCGAGGAGCAGCCGCGGUAGGCCGAGGCCUGUGAGCACACGCCUGGAUUUCAUCCUCAACGCUUUGUGGCAGCAAAAAGUGGCAGACACAGAAGACUGGUGA